AUGAGUGGAUGUUCACUUGAGGCUUUCCUCUCAUGCGGCUCACGUCUGGAGGAUGCUACGGUUGCUCGUUGGGAGAAGGUAGAUGGCGACCUGCCUACACAUGCAGAAACCAACCGAGGAGUGCUCAGAUUGCCAUCGCUCAGCCGGGAUGACGAGGGAUUGUACCAAUGCACCGCAGUAGAAAAUGACACAGUCACACAAUCCGUUAUUGAGCUGCACGUGGACGAUUUCGUACCAACGUUCUUUGGUCAAGAAUCCCUAGUAUUUCCUUCACUGACUGACGAACAACUACGGAACCUCGACGUGGUUCUCGCCGUCAAUCCCACUGGCGAAGACGGUGUCAUCUUUGAGACAGCUCGCCGCCCUUCACUAGCUGGCGAAGAUCCAGCAGCUAUCGCACGACCUCCAAAUGUGGAGCACCGAGCCAGAAUUCAUCAUGGCGUGGUAGUGUACGAAUAUGACGUAGGCUACGGUACAGCUGUUCUGCAGCUCAACUCCGGUCCUCCAACAGAAAGGCCUCACCAUCCUACCAGAUUUCAACAAGGCAGCAAUGGACCAGUCUACAUAGGAGCGCAUAUAGAACCUACAGAUCCCGAGAUGGUCCACCAAGGUUUCAAAGGAGUGAUAAGUUCAAUGACGGUGUCCGGAGAGCCUGUAGAUUUUGGAGGUGUGACACGAUCUCCUCAUAUGGUAUCGCAUGAUUCUUGUAGGCAUGCCCUUUGCCUGCACGGAUCCCGCUGUCGAAACGCCAACAAUCCAAAGGGUUACGAGUGUGUCUGUCCUAUAGAAUACGCAGGGGAGCACUGCGAAAGAAGAUCCGCCUUCUGCAAGAAUGAGGAUUGCAAUUCUGGUAUAUGUGAAGAGGCGGGUGACACAUGGUACUGCGUCUGUCCAAUGAACGCAACUGGAUUACGAUGCGAAGUACCGGUUGAAUCCAUGACUAGCGGCGUAGGUUUCAAGGCUGAAAGUUCUUUUAUGGCAAUGCCCAGUCCUAAAGAUUUGGAUCAUUUCCAGGUUUCUAUGAAUCUGAAACCCGAAGACGUAGAUCACGACCGUAUGCUGUUAUAUGUAGCAGCCGAUUACGAUCCUGAAUCGAAGAAACACUUGAGUGUCUCUGUCACUGACGGUUCAAUCGUGUAUUCAUAUAGUGACGGAGAGGAUUCAUUGUUGCUCCUCACUACUCGCGAUUUGCAAUCGCGGAAUAUGAUUAUGAACAGAAGCGAAGUUAAGGCAAGUUUUAAUAUCUGUAGUGAAGACGGCAUGAAGGAGACUGCAAGAACUGGUCGCUAA